AUGGCGCACCACACGAAUUUCGCGUCAUACAACAUGACGCUCGACGAUAUCGAUCAGUCGGAAAUAGAACAGAUGAUGCAACAGAUCGCAUGGGAGCAAUCGAUGAACCAGGCAGCUAUUGCCGACACAGAUUAUGACACAGCCAGCUUCGACCCAACACUCUCACCGCUGUCCGGCUAUGCCAGCCCCAGCAGCAUGACCACAGGCAGCACCAACCCGAGCCCCUUGGUCCCGCUCCUCGACUACGAUAUGACUUACCCGCUGGUCCCGUCCCCGGACGACCCCGAGAGCCUCUUUCCAGAGCUCAUGAACUACAACACCACCAUGGAUUCGGCAUGGGUGGGCCCCCAGCCCGAGGGCUUCACUAGCCCUUUCCUGGACGACGACCAAGCCAAGCUCCCAUCCGCAUACCCCCUAGUAGACAGUCAGCUGUAUGCCGUGACCGCAGCGCCCGACCAGGCGACAUACGCCAGCAGCCGGGUCAUGACCGCCACCUAUCUCCCCACAAUAUCACCAGCCACCACCACAGCGCAGCCCCAGGCGCCCAUACCAUCAUCACCACCACAACCACCAACAACACAAACGACACCCGCCACCACCGAAACCACCAGCCUCGCGUGCCCCUACUGCGGCGCCACGUUCGCGGAAAAGGCCAAGCUGAACGUCCACACCAACAAACACACCAAGCCCUUCCGGUGCGCCGCGCCCGGGUGCACCUACGGCGCCGCCGAGAAGAAGAGCCUGCACAGGCACAUGCAGGGGAGGUCGGACUACGACGUGGAGCACCGGGCCGCGGCGCGGCGGGCGCGCGUCCCGCUCGUCAAGCACCGCUGCCCGCGCGAGGGGUGCACGUACGCCACGUUCCGGGACGACAACCUCAAGAGGCACGGCAAGACGUGCACCGGGCGGUGA